AUGAUCUUGGAGGAAGAGGACGGUCACAGGAAACCAUUCAGCGCUGCCUUCCCAGCUCCUCGUCCCUCUGCAGUUCCCAGCCCUGAGAGCAUGGCUUGGAAGGAAGGGGGCACAAGCCCACCCUCGUGUUUCAUCCAGCGCCUGGACCACCUUGUGCUGACUGUGAAGAGCAUCGAGGACACUGUGGCCUUUUAUUCCAAAGUCCUGGGCAUGGAGGUGGUGACUUUCAAGGGCAAUCGCAAAGCUUUGCGCUUUGGCCAGCAGAAGUUCAACCUGCACCAGGCUGGGCAGGAGUUUGAGCCCAAGGCUCGGCGCCCCGUGCCCGGCUCUGCGGAUUUCUGCCUGAUCACAGCAGAGCCCCUGGAGCGGCUGCUGGAGCAUCUGCAGGCCUGUGGCGUGGCCAUUGAAGAAGGUCCCGUCGCCAGAACUGGUGCUGUGGGUCCAAUAACCUCCAUCUACUUCCGAGACCCCGACGAGAACCUGGUUGAGGUUUCCAGGUACUGCACGGAUGUGGCUGCAGGCACUGAGGGGCAGCCCUGACCACGGCCCAUGCUCUGCCUGGGUCCCAGCAGCAUUUGCCUGGCCCAUUUAAAGGUCCAAGCUUUAAUUGUGUAAACCUGGGACAACCCUCAAAUCGUAGGCACAAAGUAGGCCUGCAAGGAUGUUGGGAGAUUUCCCAAGGCAGCCUGCUCUGCUCUGCUCUGCCCUGCUCUGGGUGUG